CUUAAAAAACGGGGUCCUUCACUGCUUUUUCCAAAACAGAAAGCAAAUGACUUAUAGCUGAGAAAAUUUACCGCCUUCGAUGGCGAGUGAUUCGAUAACAGAAAAACAACAUAUCAUCCCAAUAGCAGAUCGAAGAAUUUCUCCAGCUGACUCGGACCAAUCAAAUAAUUUUCAUUUGGAACUACUAUCUUACUCGUCAGACGAUUUGCUGAACACCUGUCGUAUCUGCAGAGAUGAGUUUGUUGGUGGAUCACUCGUCAGUCCGUGUCACUGCUCAGGAACGUUAGGGAAGUGUCAUGUCCAAUGUUUGGAGGAAUGGCUUUCAAGAGCCAACAAAGACUCCUGUGAAAUUUGUGGCCAUGCGUAUCACGUCAGGAGACUCCCAAGGUCAUUUAUCGAGUGGUUCACCAAAGGCCAAAGCCGCCGCGACCGCCGAUAUCUCUGCGGAGACCUGAUUUGCUUUCUGAUACUCAGCCCCUUAGUGUUUGCCAGCUCAUAUCUGUGUGCGCAAGGGGCAUGGCACUACAUGGUGCUGGCCGACACGUGGACUGGUGCGGGUUUGAUUGUUCUCAGUCUGUUUCUUUGGUGUAUUUACGGAUUUUGGUUGAUUGUAACACUGAGGUUUCAUCCCAAAUGCUGGUUAGACUGGAGAGAACGUAAUUAUAGAGUGAAACUUGUGAAAAGUGAAACAGUUGACAUUAUGGAAAGAAGAAGAAGAGAUGACGGUCCCUUGGAAACUCCUGUUUGAUAAGAGCUACGGAAUGGCCAAUGAAAAUACCGACAUCUUAUGGAAACGGUGGACAGCCCUAUGACAGCACCACUAGUUUAUUGUUUACUAGUCCAGACAUCAGUUAAUAAACAGUAGCGCACUGA